ACUGUAGCGUUAUCUACUGGAAAGUUCUAGAAACAGAAUUCAUAGAAAUUGCUGGAUAUCGCUAUAUAUUCGCGGACAUUCGCGAAUCGCGGUCUAUAGUUUACGUACCGGUUUCGAGAAUAUUCGCCCCACGCCGAAGUUGCAGGAAAGACGACGAAGUGUUCAGUAUUCAAGAACUUUCAACAAAAAAGUUGAAGGUGCUGAAAAAAGUACUACUUAACACUUGCAAUUUGUUGAUUUCGAAGUGGCAUAUAAAGUAGUUCAGAGAUUUAUUGUAGAUUAAGCAGCAACAGCACAAAUUUUACAACUAUACCGUUAUUCAUUACAAAAAGAUAAUCGUAAUCAGCAAACAUGACGACGCGAAUUAACGAGAUUAAAAUGGACAUUGAUGACCUCAAUUCUUUGUUGGAUAAAGCUUCGCGUCAAAAGUCUAAAGAUGUUCUAAAUCUUGAAAUUAGAAGAUUACAAACAGAACUGUUAAAUCUUAGUCAAAAUCAAAUUAGCACAAAUCAAGAAAAUAAAGCUUCAAAACCCGUUGCCAAUUCAGCUCUUAAAUGUUAUGACGUAAAACUCAACAAUUAUGCCUGGGAUCAAACGGAGGACUUCAUUAAAAUAUAUGUCACGUUAAAUAAUGUACAAUCUCUUCCAAAAGAAUCAGUAUUCUGCAAUUUUUCAAACCGAUCUAUGGACUUGCAUGUUCGAGGACUAGACAAUAAAAAUUAUGAACUUCCGAUCAACAAUCUAUGCGAAGACAUUAAUACAAGCAAAAGUUUUUACAAAGUUAAAACAGAUAUGAUAAUAGUUUAUUUAGCAAAGAAAUUAAAGAAGAAUUGGACAUGCGUCACGAGUGUUGAAAAGAGAAUAAAGGAUGCAAAAGCCACUCCAUCCGUAAGUGAUCCUUCUGAUCCAAAUGCAAGUUUGAUGAGCCUUAUGAAGAAAAUGUACGAAGAUGGAGAUGAUGAGAUGAAAAAGACUAUUGCUAAGGCAUGGACCGAAAGCCAAGAUAAGAAGACUAGCUUGGGUGGAUUACCUGAAAUAUAAGUAGAAUAGUUGAUAUACAAGUAUUAUAAGUAAUUGUGCCACCUUUAAUAUUUAAAAAAAUAUAAAGUAAUUGCAUUUGUUCAUUUCUAAGAUGUCUACAUAUGUACAAAAUGUAAGAAAAUAUAAUUCUUUUUUUUCAAAUACAGUGUAAUUUUUAUUUAUUAAUAAAAUUUUUGAUAAUA